AUGCCACAGUACCCAGUGCAAGAAAAGAAAAAUCAAAGUAAGCCUCGGAACAUUCUUCGCGGCAUCUUGCAGGCCUGCUUACAUAGCCCUGGCCAGUGCGAUGGUGAUGCACCGUGCCGAGCUUGUGUAGCCAGAGGGCACGAAUGCCAGCGCACUGGAACCGACAUGCGCGGGAAAUGGAGAAAUACAAAUGCCAGAUCUGGCUCGACCGAUGAUUUUGUUUCAAGAUCGAGCAACGCUGGUAAUUGUUUUGGCACGAUCGGAGACUUGCAGGACUCACAUCGUGAUGGGACUCGUACAAACCAAACUGAAGCACAACGCGACGUGACAGACCCCGCAGAAAGACAGGCUUCUAUUCCUGAAACCCGCAGUACCUCAACACAAGUACCGACAUUUUCAGGGGAGACGUCACUGACACAUAAUUUGACUGUUGUUGAGAGUCGACUGAAGCAGAUGGGUGUCCAAUAUGCGCGACUUCGAUCUGCGUCACCGAGUCGCAGGUUUAGAUCUUGCUUGACGCCAUCUCCCGACCACUCUCCCGAACAGCAUAAAGAGACAACAUCGACAUUUGUCAAUCAGGUUCUGCAUGCGCGUGGCCUUGUUCCUAGGCAAGAACAAUGGGAUGAGCUUCUGCAUAAUUUCUGCGACGAGGUGCAUGUUCUGGUCCCAUUCCUUCAUUUGCCCAGCCUGUGGAGAUUAUAUGAGGGCAUGUGGACAAACUUGAUCCAUGGCCAGUCUAGAAAUCACGAUCAAAACCUAAAUGGCGUUAUCCGAGUUCAAACAGCUCAUGUUUUGAUGUGUCUUGCCAAUGGCAGAUGCGGUGAGUAUUCGCGGACUGAGGGUGAAGAAGGGCGGUAUUCUGCAGGCUGGAGCUUUUAUAACGCUGCCCGAGAUAUUUUCGGAGAUCUAUUGAACGGAUUCAUUCAGUGCACGGAUCAGAUUUUAGUACUCCAGACUGUCCUUCUGAUGGUUGUUUACCUAUUCCGCAUCGAUGCCCAUGGCCCUGCUGAAAAAGUCCUUGCUCUCUCAAUCUCCCAUGCACACCAUCUCGGUCUGCAUCGAAAUCGAGCGGUAGAAAAAAUGUCACCGUUUGAAAGUGAGAUGUCUCGUCGUUUGUGGUGGUUUCUAUAUCUCAUGGAUAGAAGACUGGCCAUAGAGACUGGUCGCCCAUUUCUUAUCCAGGAUAUCAAUGUCGACGUGGGACUUCCUCGCAACGUGGGCGAUGAUUGGCUCACGCGAUCUCAAAGCGCACCGCACGAAUCCAAUCUAGACCAAGAAACUAACGAAGCCGGCAUGACUUACGUUCCUUAUCUGAUUGCCAUGGCUAGCUACUCUAGAGUAAUAGGCAAGGUCUGGGAAUCCCUUUAUGGUGCCGCCACCUCAGACUCAACUGCGACGCCUCUUCUGAAUGAAUACUUGGAGCAUCUAACUACACAAUCACAAAAGGAUAUUGACCCCGAGUUCUCCUAUGACCCGCGCUCCCCUGGAAACAUUGACAUCAAUGGGCUUCCCUGGUGGCAAAUCAAACAGAUAUUCAUCAUGCGAAUUAGAUGGUCUUCGUUAUAUCUGCUCAUCCGCAAACCAAUGCUUAAAAGGGCCUGGUCACCCAAUCAGCCGCUUCCAGAAGCCAUCGAAAAUGAAGUUAUUUGCAUGCGCGUGGCCCAGAGUAUAUUCGACGACUUCAACAGCAUGCCAGAACAACAUCCAAAAUACACGUUCCCAUUUUUACACUAUCUCACUAAUGCGACAAUCAUUGCUUUGGCUCUUAUCAUCAAGCAACCUUCAUUCAAACGGAAUUAUGGCCAACUUACCCUCAAGGCUGCACGGUCACUAUGGGAACAUUGCCGCAAGACCUGGGUCUCUGGAAGAAUGGCACAGUCUGUAUGGAGAUUGAAUCAAAUGGCAGACGCAACGCUCAAACCUGCCGAUGACCGACCUCAAAUCGGAAAUCCUCACCAUCGUCGUCAUGAUAAUUUAGACCAGUCUGGCCUAAAUGUAACAACUGACUCGCAGCUCUCCGUUACCCCAGCCCCUCUAUCCGUACGAUUUGGAGAAGGGAUCUCGGAUACGGAUCGGACUCCGUCGGCUAGAGCUAGAUCUGGAAUUUCUGCCUCACAUAUUCAACCCAUUGAUCGACCAUGCGUGCAAACAAGCCGUCCAAUGACUUUCAAUGAAACCGCGCCCACUGGAUAUGAGCCUGAGCAACGCGGCGCUACACAAAAUGUCAACAAAGUGCAGAAGCCAGAUAAAGCACUCAAUGUUGAAAUAUAUCCACACAACCAACUUCCAUCGAUGGUUGGAAUUUCAGCGACAGAUUCAAACAAUCGUGAAAGCCAAAUUCCUUCAGAAAUGGCAAGAGUUUCAUAUUUCUCCGCUGAGGCUCGCCCAGUGUCCCAGGAUGAACCAGAUGUGGAUCUAUCAUUUCCAGGUGAGAUAAUAGACGGAGGGAUGGAAUGGCUACAAACGCUGUUUGUAGAUGGCUUAGAUACCCAUCUUCUGCCGGUGUGGGAUUAA